AUGAGUCGUAUCAAUUACAUACAAAUAAUUAUAAAUCAGCUGUUACUUCCAUGGACAUUUUGUAUCAACCCAGUAGCUCUCGCUUUAAGCGCCCGAUCCGAAGACGCUAACAAAAAGGAUGAAGUUCAAAACAAGGACAAAAGGCAGACCGACGAAGGCACCUCGCAAUUCGUUUAUAGAACAGCCAGGAAACAAGAGCAAGUGGCACCAGUUGAAGAAAAUCAAGAAGAUGAAAAAGGCGACAGACUUCAUUCCCAAGAGUAUCGCCCAGGGCAAGUGUUCUCUCUCAACGUGCAAGAGCUAUUAGACUUACAGCCGGAACGAAAAGCCCCAAUUGCAAGUGGCCAACAACUACAGCAAUUGUAUAGUAACCCUCAACAGGAGCACAGACAAAACUUACAGCAAUUUUAUUACUUGGAACCACAACUCAGUCGACAGGUAGCUCUGCAACCUUCGCAUGCAGUGAUUGCACGACCUCAUUUUACAUCAAAUGGAGGUGAAGCCUCAGUAGGCGCAGCGCUAUCGGUCAGUGAUACCGGUGCCAGUUCUGCUGAAUCACUAGACCAAGAGCUGUUGGCUUUGCUGGGCCAUCAAACAAGGCAGGAUGAUGUACGUCCUCAGACAUUUACUCAACCACAACAAACACAACAGAUUCAAGCACAAAAUGUAGCACCUCAGUACCAGCAGGUUGAUGUUGCGUACAUAUCAAAACCGAAUAAGAAACCAACAAAACUACGCCCAAAAGUUCAAAUCAUUCCAACACAGGCACCAGCUGCUCCUCAGCAAUAUCUGAUUGAAACUACUAAUGUUCAACAACAGCAACAACAACAACAUCAGCAGUUACAGCAAUUCCGAGCCAUACCACAAAACCAAAGAGUACCACAGACUCUUCGCUAUGUUCCUAUACAAACAGCGCCUACAGCUGUACAGCAAAAUAUAUACGAACGCCCAGAAUCUCAAGGCUUGAAAGUAGUGCCGGCACCAAAAUUACAAGCGCUUAAUCCACAAUACAACAAUUAUAGAAUUCAAUAUCAACAAGAAGCUUCCCCUAAACAAUUCAGAGUUGUUGACACUCCAAGAGCUCAAUCUGUUAGACAAGAACAAUCAAGACAUUUAGCUUCGAACGAAAGACCCGUCACUUAUUUAAAGAGGUUCCCAGAGCCGGAGAAGUUAAGAGCAGCUGUUUCAACAGAACAAACUAGUUAUGAAGGUUUGUCUUCAGUCCAACGUCCUACUCAAAUAACCGAUCAGUACUAUAUUCGCCCAAUUUAUCGAUCAAAUGAACAAAGGAAUAGAUAUGAACUUCCAGCAAUAGCCAUUCGACCAGUGGAACAAGCAAGGAGCAUCGACUCGGUCAAAGCUCCACUAUCUGCAAUUUAUGUAAGUAAAAAUAUAACUCCAAAAAAAGUUGCAAGACCUCUCGUAAGGCUAGAUCAAGUAUCUAAAUUAGAACAGGCUCAGCGAGAACAGGUAUACAGAAUAGAUCAACAACAGUAUUCUGGUACAGAGCAAAUGAACGUAGAACAACACGGUCAAAAUUUUGAAGAUCAAAGAGAUCAAAGAGCGCAUUUACCUCCUCCUAAAAAUAAUAAAGCAUAUACUCCUGAGGAAUUCGCUGCUUUAGUAGCUGCUGGUUAUUCUGUGACUCCAGUACCAGUAGGUCAAGCAAGCCAUCAAAUUGCGCAAUCAAGAUCAGGAUCUGAAGCAAUAAUAGUUCAACAAAGAAGGCCCGUAUACAGCCGUCGCCCCCAUUACCUUCCACUGAGAGGAGACGACGCACCA